CGGCAUCAUUCUCAACCCUUGUUUCUGCGGGUUCUGGCCUUCGUGACGGACAGCAUGGGUGAUCUGCCGAUGACAGGCAUGCCCGGCGGCUUCUCAAAGUCGAUCAUGGCAGCUGCGCCAUAUGAAAGUCGACCUCCCAGCCCGCCGUACAUACAUGUACCGUUAACGACACUCCGAGAGAUGACACUGGAUCCCUUUCUGGGCAACCUCGCAACCCUCGGCAUCACAGCCGCUGAGUACAGCAUCAUCACCAACAAUGGAACCCCGCAACAGGCUAGCGAUCCCUCCGAAGAGUGGACGUACGAAUCGCGACGUGAAGCUCAGGCAGUUGUUGACUGGCUCUACCUCGGUCCUCACUCAGCCUCACGCGACCAGGCUUUCCUCGAGCGUGAGGGCAUCACCAUGAUCCUCGCUGUCGGCUACGCGAGCGACAUCACCAAGCCAACAACACUCGUCACAUUGGGCCCCACGGCAGCCACCCGUGCACUCGGUAUUAAGAUGGACAGGGUUGACGUUAAGAGCAUGCACUACCUCACCAGAGUGUACACCACAGCCGCCAAAAAGAUCAACGACCAUAUCUUGGAGGUCCAUCGUAGCCAGGCCGAUAGUGGAGCCGUCGUAUCGCACAGGCGCGGCAAGGUCCUCGUCGUUUGCGAAUCGGGAAAUGACCGCUCUGCUAUGGUUGUUACUGCAUACCUCAUGGUCAUGUUUGGCUUGGACCUCAUUACAACUGUUUCCUACGUCACCAUGAAAAGGUUCUCCGCCAUGUAUGACGAGGAUUCAAAGAGGUUACUGGUUGCGUGGCACGACAUCCUGGCGGCACAGAGAUCAGUCACUGCCCAGGUGAUGGCUUCGACGGCAUGCAAAGAUGCACGAAGUGAGCCUCGCAAGCGAGGGAUCGAGAUGAUGUUUGACGGUCAUCAAUGCGGAGGUUCAGGCCAAGACGAGAAAAUGGACCGUAACGAUGACGAAAGCCGUUUCGGCAACAGGAAUUUUGUACCCUUCCUGGACACGGGAAACUGA